GUCCGGCCUGCCUGCUUGACUCUGAUCCUUCACCUCCUUUUAAACGCAAGGAAUUUUUUUUAACUUUUUGAAAAUUUCUGUUUCCUGAAGCAGUCACCUUCAAGCCCUUCUCCCAAGCUGCGUCUUUGGAAUUGGAUGCAUCUUGAAGCUAAUCACCAUGUUGUCGAGACGAGAAAUGAAGCUCGUGGCAGUGAUCGUCGCAAAUGUAAUGCUUUUGGGAUUAACUACGACGAUGCUUUUUGUGCUUCGUUGCGGAGCGGCACAGGAGAAUGACGUCCACUUCCACUGGGACACAGAUGCCCGGCCAGUCGUGCGCACGCCCAAAGGGACUCUCAAGGGCUUGAAGGAGGAAUCAGUAAAUGGUCGCCCCUUCCUCUCCUUCUACGCCAUCCCGUACGCAAAGCCUCCCCUGGCUGAACUGAGAUUCCAGGGUCCCGUUGAAGAGGAGGCGUGGACAGAGAUGCGUGAUGCAUCCAGCCAGCCAGAGCCGUGUACCCAGGUCUCCUUCAAGACCGCAAAGGCCGGCGCCGUAACGGAAGACGACGUAGUAGGCUCAGAGGACUGCCUCUACCUUAAUGUGUUCACUCCGCAGGUGGGUCAGGGCGAGGGGCUACCAGUGAUGGUGUUCCUGCACGGGGGCGGCCACGUCGGCGGGGCUGCAAAUCAGCACGAGCCUCACGUGCUGCUCGAUCACCAAGUGGUGCUGGUUGUGCCUCAGUUCAGGUUGGGAACGCUAGCUUUCCUUUCGACGGAGGACGAUGUGAUACCAGGCAACAGCAUGCUGAAAGACCAGGUGGCGGCCCUCAGGUGGGUGCAGCGCAACAUCUGGAUAUUUGGCGGCGAUGCAAGAAGAGUGACGAUGUUCGGGGAGAGCGCCGGCGGCUCCACCUCCAGCCUUCUCGCCCUCUCCCCGAGAGCUCGAGGACUCUUCUCACGUACCGCCUGGCACUCCGGAUCAGCCCUGGCACCAUUUGCCUUGGGAAGGUUCCACCGGCAAGUGGCGGAGGAGACGGCGACCUCCAUGGGACUCUCUGGGAAUUUAGACUCUAGAAGCAUUCUCUCUUUCUUACAAACAGUAUCUGCAAAGUCAUUGACCCUCGUCGCUUUUAAAUAUUAUAAAUGGUUUGUUGUGCCAGGCGUGAUGAAACCUCGUAUUGACGGAGACUUUAUUCCUGAAGAUCCUUACAAGAUGGUGGUCAAGAUGGCCUGUCCUCCCUGGGACCUCAUGAGCGGUUUCACAGCCCAAGAUGGCGGGAUUCUCACUCAUCCUUUUUAUUUCCGGGAAGAUAUGAGAACUAGCCUGAAGGAGAACUUUGCUGAAAUUGGUCCCCUCAGCCUGCUUAUGAGUCCUCAAAAUGACACGAACCGAUUGAUGCAGGCUACAACUCUCUACCAGUACUACCUCGGUGAAGAUAUCGACAUUGAACUGAGUGAAAACUAUACGCAGUUCAUAACCGAUUACACCUUCGCGGUGCCAAGCGACCUGAUGGUCCUGUCGCACGCCGCAUGUCGGGAGCCACGUAGCAACACCUUCACUUUCAAGUUUAAUUACCGCGGUGAACAUUCUGCAAGUGACAGGUAUAAUGUCACAAUCGGGAAGGAGUGGGUGACUCACUUGGAUGACCUCAUCUACCUGUUCCCUGCUGACGCUUUGCUGGAAGGCGCCGACCCUCUGUCCAGCCCUGAGGAUCUUGCCGUUCGAGAGAUCAUGACGAAACUUUGGGUCAACUUUGCAGCUACUGGGAACCCAACACCUGACUCUUCUCUGGGAUUCACGUGGGACCCUGUACAGAGAAACGCUAUAAAGAGUCUGAACUUGACCCCAUCCCCAACCAUGGAGGCAGACCCAUACGGCAAGGUACGUGACUUUUACAGGACAGUGCUGCCAGAGCACGAUGAACUCUUGAGGAAACUGGAAAGACGCGCCAAAUGCUAAGAAUACUGGGCACGUGAAUAAUGCUCGAGCAUUAGUACAUAACACUGUUAUUGUUAUAUAAUAGAAGUUGAUGGAUUCAUAGGAGAAAGUUAUUUAGCUUAUUUCAGUAUUAGUUUAGAAUACUAAUAUUUUAAUAUUAGUCAAGAUACAUACUUAUAUUGAUGAUGAUCAUG